AUGGAAGACUGUGUAGACACAAAAAAUAACUCCACUUGCCCAGGAAUUCCCUACGAAGAGAGCCAGCCACUUCUGGUUGCUGUUUACAGCAUCGUUUUUGCCAUAGGCCUUCCAGCAAAUUGCUUAACUUCCCUGCUUACACUGGUACAAAUCCAAAGGAAUAAAAUAAUUGCCAUCUACAUUUUCAGUUUAUCGUUGUGUGAGCUGAUGUAUAUAAGUACCUUGCCUCUCUGGAUUAUCUAUGUGCAAAACAGGCACAGAUGGACCAUGGGUGACACUGCUUGCAAAAUAACAGGAUUCAUCUUUUUCUGCAAUAUAUACAUCAGCAUUCUGCUUUUGUGCUGCAUUUCUCUGGAUCGUUACGUGGCACUAGUGUAUCCUCUGGAAUCAAGGGGGAGAAGAGGACAGAAAAAAGCCAUCAUAAUAGUCUGUUUUCUUUUUGCUGUGGUUGCAGUAAUCCACACUCCAGUAUUUUACAUGGAAGAUGAGCAAAACCACACAAACAGAACCUGCUUUGAGACUGUGCCCCUUGGCAUAAAAUUGGCUUCUUUCAGCUUUGCUAGAUUCCUAUUUGGAUUUGCCAUACCCUUCACAAUCCUCAUUUUCACAAACUACAAAAUUUUUCAAAUUACAAAAAGUAGCAGCAGCUUGACUUGUCACCAAAAAGCCAAAGUGAAGUAUCUGGCUAUUGCCAUUAUUGUAAUUUUCCUGAUCUGCUUUGCUCCCUACCAUGUGGUACUCAUAAUAAGAGCCAUACACUUCAUGUUUAAUCAGAAUUGCCCAUGUCCAUUUGAAAGAAAGGUAUAUUCAAUUUUUACAGUGUUUCUCUGUUUAGGCACUGCAAAUGGUGUUGCUGAUCCAAUCAUCUACGUGCUGGUUAGUGAAAACAUCAGAAGAGAUUGUUACAGGAGCCUGAGGAGAUGGAGAUUGAACUCAUCCAAGCUAAAUUCAUCCAUUAAUCACAAGACUGAGAGCAGAAAAUCAAAAAUACAAGAAGAAUCAGGGGAAGAAGGGCAAAGGGAAGAAAACAAAGAACUAACAGAUUCGUCCAACAUUCAAAAGACCUGUACUAGUGGCAGAGACCAAGAAGGUGGCAGCUAGCAGGUAGAUGUUGAAACAAAUAAGAAGUUCCCAAUGCCAGCUGCAGGCUGCAGACUGUAGGACACAAGUAUUUCCAUGCUCACAUCAUCUUGCAUGUCCUGCAUGGGUCAGCAACUCCUCGAGGACACUACGGGAGCAAUAAUUCUUAUUUCUUCUGUUUGUCUCCUACAAUAAACUUUGCCCACCAGUAUCAUCGGUGAGAAUAUUGCUUUGCUAAGGAUUACGUGGAAUAAACCAAGUAAUUUAC